AUGGGUUGUUCAUCGUCAAAAAAUUUUACAUCUGACAUUAUAUCUAAACAUUUUUCAUUACAUAAUGAAGAAUCAUUAUCAAUAACGAAGACUAUUCCACAAUCAAUACGGUUUCUAGAAAAUUAUCUUAUUAUUUGGCUUUAUGAUGAAACAUCAAAUAAAUAUGAAAAUGAAAUAAAACAAUUACGAACACUUGUUUAUGGAUUAAAAACAUUUAAUAAUAUUGAUGCAUGUAUGACUUUUAUUGAUAAUAUUCAAGAUGAAAAAGUAUUUCUUAUUAUAUCUGGAAUACAUCGAACACUUGAACGUUUUCAUCAUUUAACACAACUUGAAAAAUUAUAUAUAUUUGAUUCUUCUCAUAAACAAAAUGAUGAAAAAUAUCAAAUUUUAAAAUAUGAUAUUAUUCAAAAUAUUGAUAAUCUUUAUAAACAACUUCAAGAAGAUAUGAAACUAUGUGAAAUGGAUUUGAUACUUAUUACGACUGUAUUCAUACCAUCAGAAGAAAUUUCAUUUUCAUCAAAAUUAACAAAACAACAAGCAUCAUUUCUUUUUACACAAAUGUUGAAAGAAAUUAUUGCUCGUCUUAAAUUUGAAAGUUGUUCAAAAGAUGUUUUCAUUGAUUUUUGUCGUUUAUAUUAUAUGAAUAAUAAUGAACAAUUACAUAUAAUUGAUGAAUUUGCAAAAAAUUAUCGUCCAAAUAAAGCUCUUUGGUGGUUAACAAAUCAAUGUUUUAUUUCAAAAAUACUUGAUCGUGUACAACGUACACAUGAAAUUGAUAUUAUUUAUAAACUUGGCUUUUUUAUUAAACAAACAAAUAUACAAUUGAAUCAUUUACAUGAAGAGAAUUCAUUAUUAAUGAAAACAAUUUCUAUUGUAUAUCGUGGUAAAACAAUGUCAUCUAUUGAAUUUGAUACGACAGUAAAGAAUAAUUGUGGUGGUUUUCUUGCAUUUACAAAUUUUCUUAUCGCUACUAUUGACAAAAAAGAUGCUAUUGAUUUUGUUGAUCGUCGACUUACAAUGCAUCCUAAUAUGACAGGUAUUAUUUUCGAAAUAAAUAUUGAUCAAACAAAAUUUAAUGAAAAAAGUCCAUUUGCUUUACUCAAAGAUGCAGAUAUGAACAGAAAUGAGAUUUGUUUUUAUAUGAGUACCGUUUUUCGUAUUGAAUCUAUUGAACAAACUAUGAAUGGUACAAUAAUAAUAUGGUUUGUUAAAUUAAAAUUAAUCGAUGUUAAUGAUCAACAAUUACUUCGUAUCGUUGCACCUACACGAAAUGAUGAUAUACAUUUAAAUCCUGGUUAUUGUUUGGGUAAAUUAUUAAUGGAAAUGGGAGAAUAUAAACGUGCUGAACAAUUUCUUCUCGAAUUAUUACAUGAUCCUUCUGUUCGUAGUCAACCUAGACGUCUUGUACGUGUACAUAGUGGUCUAGCUGCUAUUUAUACAUAUAAUAAUCAAUAUGUUAAUGCUUUAGAUCAUUAUCAACUAGCACUUGAAACGAGUUUGACUUAUCUACAAUCUAAUCAUUCAGAUCUUGUACCUAUUUAUAAAGCCAUCGGUGAUAGUUAUUUGCAUCAAAAAGACUAUAUUCAUGCCUUAGAAAACUAUGAGAAAGCAAUAGAAUUGUUAGAACAAGGUACAUCACAAAUGAAUGCCGAUAUUAUUAUUGAUUUGCAUAUUUGUAUUAACAAGGCAAAGCAAUUCAUUGAAAUACUGAUUGAUAUUGGAAAACCAUCAAAUAGAACUCUCGAUGGAUUUAUUUGUCAUGCAAACAGUACAUUUGAAAAUGGAUUAAUAACAACAAUUGUUAAUAAUAAUACAAAGUUAGUCAAUAACAAAGAAUAUGAUGUAAUAAUUAUUGGUGCUGAAUUUGCAAGUCUUAUUUCUGCACGUGAACUUAGUCGUCGUGAUCGAAGUGUAUUAAUUCUUGAAGCAAAAAAUCGUAUAGAUGUAAUUGUAGGUGAAAUACUAGGACGAACUGUCAUUCCUUUACCACAUGCACCUCUAACUAUUUUUCAAGCUAUUCAAACUUAUGAUCAUAUGACAAUGCAAGAACGAUUGAAACAAAUAUCAAGUUCAUUUGAUUAUCAUGAUAAUAUGCGUCAGAUUUUAGAUACUUAUCUUUCAAUGAAUACACAAUAUGAUUUGAGAAAAAGUGGAUUUCUUGAUCAUUUAUGUUUUUGGGCACUUGAAGAUUAUGAUACAAUUCGAACAUCGGAUAAAACAAGUCGAUCUAAAAUACGUGAAGGAGAAAGUGCAUUAGUUCAAGCCAUAGUUGAUGAUUGUCAAGAUGUGAAUUUAUUACUCUCUACAUCUGUUAUUUCUGUCCAUAGAACAGAGGAUAAAAAAGUUAGAAUUCAAACACAAUCUCAACAAGUAUUCAAUGUUCGUACAACUAUUAUAACUGUGCCAUUAAAUCCAUUACAUAAUAUAGAAUUUCAAUCGGCACUUGAAUUCGAAAAACAAUGUGCCAUUGUUGAAGGUCAAUGUUGUGGCGAUACCAAAAUUUUGGGCUAA